AUGGCGGGCAAGGAGGAUCUUAAGCUCCUCGGCCUGCCGCUGAGCCCGUUCGUGGUCAGCGUGCGCAUGGCGCUGGACAUGAAAGGAGUGAGUUACGAGUACGUCGACGAGGACCUAAACAACAAGAGUGAGCUCCUGCUCAAGUCCAACCCGGUGCACAAGAAGGUGCCCGUGCUCAUCCACAACGGCAAGCCCAUCUGCGAGUCACUCGUCAUCCUGCAGUAUGUCGACGAGCUGUUCGCCGGCCGGUCAAUCCUCCCAACCGACCCCUACGAGCGCGCCACCGCUCGCUUCUGGGCAGCCUUCGCCGGCGACAAGCUGUUCCCGGCGUGGUACGGCGUGGUGACGGCCCAGGCGGAGGAGGAGAGGGCGGAGAAGGUGAAGGAGACGCUUGCCGCGAUCGAGCACAUGGAAGUGGCCUUUGCCAAGUGCUCCGGCGGCAACGCCUUCUUCGGCGGCGACUCCAUUGGCUACGUCGACGUCGUGCUCGGCUCCUUCUUGUUCUGGUUCGAGGCGGUGCGCAGGGUUGACGGCCUGGAGAUCAUUAACGCGAGCAAGACUCCGCUCUUGGCUGCGUGGGCGGAGAGGUUUGGAGGGAGUGUAGAAGCAAAGGAGGCGGUGCCGGUAACCAAGGCGGACUUGGCGGUACAGUAUAUCAGUAGGUUUCGUGCCCCUGCCGCCGCCGCUGCGAAGUUAGCGAGUUCAGAAUGA